AUGUUAUUGCAUUUCUGUCACGCGACCAACGUGACUUUCAUACGCCUUUUUCUCUUCUGGCUGUCUAUUGCUACCGACGUAUUGGGCCAGAUCACAAAGGCACCAUCCUGUUCAGUUCAUGCAGACCCCUGGCACUCGCAGGGUGGCCUGUUGGUCGAGAAGCGCGACAUCAGAACGUUUUGUGAUUCGAGCAGCAAGUUCUACUGUUACCAACCAGCUGCUUGCGUUUCUGGCAGUGAUGGAUACAUUGGCUGCUGCUCUGCCAUUGGCACCACUUGCGUUCCUCGUACAGAAUGUAUUGAUUAUACAUCGAGCAUCACAGCCACUUGCGAUUAUGUCACUGGAGGAUGCGUUUACUGCUCCGAGUCCAGCCUUCCUUUCUGUGUCAAGGCAUACCGACACAACAACUAUGUCUUCAGCUGCGGUACCGAGAAGUUGACCACUACCUACGCCGACACCGCAACCGAGAGUUCCAUCUUUGCACCUACGGGAGGUCCUGCUACACCUUCGGCUGCGCCUACAACUUCACAACCAACAGAGACUAGCUACUUCAACACCCAUCUGCCUUCAUCAUCAGUCGUGCCUAAAGCGUCGGCUACAUCGCUGCCUUCGCUGUCAACCUCACCAUCCCCGAGCAUGGCCAUGAAAACCUCCACACCAGGCCCGGCUCCAAGCAGUUCCUUGGCCAGCUCUCGUGGACUCAUCAUCGGUAUCAUCAUCGGAGCGGCUGCUGGUUCAAUAAUCUUGCUGGCACUUCUCUUCGUCCUCUGGAAGUGUUGGAAGCGUCGCAGAUCUGGUGCAGGAAGAACGUCAAGAGAGAAAUCGAGCAAGGCUGGCUACUCUCUCGGUUCAGUGGAAGGAGAAGACAGCAUCGCGGAGCACACCAACAGUCGACAUGAUGUAAUCAGUGAUUUGCCAAACUCACCAGGACCAGCAGAGCUGGGAGAGCAGUCACAUCGCUCGACUGACGACGCAUCUGCAUCUACACAUGCUCACAGUGUUGCCAAUCACAAUCUACCCAAUGCUCAACCCUACUCACCAGAAGAUGUUCGAGGAGCAGCAGAGGUACCAGCCAAUGCUCCUGCUUGGUCAUCGCCCAGCAUCGCCAUAUCAAGCCCAGCUCCAUCCAACUCGUCGCUGUGGAUGACGACCCCUGGUAUAGGCACGCCUAGAGCACCAUCAUCGCACUAUGCCGCCUACACGCCGUAUACCCCAUCUUCGGCCUAUUCUGCCAGCGGUCAGCCACCAUCCAGUCUCCCUCAGUCAAGAUAUGGAGGUGGAAACACAGCACAAGAGUCACCAUUGGCAGAGCUCGAGGCGCACGAGAUUGGCAGAGCACAGUAA